AUGGAUCAGACAACCUCUUCUUGCUUGGAUGUCGCGCAUAAACUAAACGAUCAACUUGUCCAGUUAACCUCCAACAAAGAUCCUCAAACGUGGACUGAUGUCGCUUCAACCGCCCAGCUACUAGCAAACAGCCUUAGAGUGAGAAAUGGUCCAGAAGACAUCCAUACGGUUUUGGGCAAAUCCCCCCUUCCUCAAACUAUCACUGCCUUGCUCAAGACCGCUCUUGAGAACUCGCAAAUACCAGAUAAUGAACACAGCGCUGCUGUUCUAGAGCUUCUUCGCGUAGGUGCAAACCUCUGCGUAGAGCAUGACCAGAAUAGAGGUCAGCUCCUGGAAGCUGGUCUCCCUCAAGCUAUUGUCUCGCUCCUUGAAGGAUAUUCCGACAGUAUACCAUCUGGAAUACCAACGGCACCCCUUGCCAUGUCUAUCUCAAACCUGAAAGUAGUCAAGACAGCCAUAGGAGUCUUGCUAAACGCCAGUGUUGACUAUGAGCCCGUCAAGAGCCGCCUUACAUCACUUGAGGCGGCAAUGACGCUUGUACGCCUAUCAUUUGCCCUAUACCCCCCAGGCUCCUGGAUGACGAGCACAUCUUCUCUUAACGAGAUUACGGAGGAUUCGUGGACUCUGAGAAGUGGCCUAUCAAAUUGGGCUUGGAGGUUGAUAUCAGAGCUCCGAGACGAAGCACGUCCAGUCUUUGAACCAAGCGUCCUUCCCUACCUUGUUUCGUCGCUCAUCAGUCACACUCCUCCGACCUUAACUGUCGAACUUGUACCAGCCUUCACGCAACCCUCAGAUCUUCGCACGUUGCUUCUGCAGGCUGAUUUCGACUUGUUCUCGGAAUCGUGCUCUUUGAUAGAGUCGCUAUCUCUUGACGUUGAGGAUGUCAGACUCUCACUUGCUCGAGGUUUCCAGUUCCCAGCCGAGCACGACGGCAUCCCAUGCCUCACUGCAAUGUUGGACUUCAUUCAACUCGGGUAUUACCCACCACUCUGGUACAAGGCUGAUACCUUCGAGGGUCAUGAAUUGAGGAGCAAAGAGAAAGCGUUCGAUGACUGCAAAGGCGCUGUGAUAAAGUCAAUUGUAGAGCUAUCUGGCGAAGAUAAGAACGUCGACGUACUGUGGGACGACUCGGAGGAGGACAAGCCGGGUGGGAGCUUCGUCGCCCGCAUGGUGCAAUGGGUCAUAAAUUUCGCUGCCAGUGGACCGCACGGAAAUGCCCGGGAUGACCUAGUCAUCUGCGCGACCUUAACUUUGGGAAAUCUCACUCGGAGAGAGUCGCACUCUAAAAUUCUUCUCUCGGAGCCCUAUAAUUUAGCGUCUCUCCUUGCUUCCGACACUUUCCUGUCAACAAGGACAGACAUCAAAGUCAAACACGGUGUAGUCGGUCUGUUGAAACACCUGUCACAGACUUCUGCACAGUCUCCAGCCAAUCGGGCAGUUUUAAGCCGAGCAGGAGUCAUACAGAAGCUCGUCGCGAGUGGCAUAUGGGACGAGCGCAGCGACGUAAUGGCCGACAUCGUACAAGUGAACGCCAUUGGCGCUGUCAAACAUCUAUGCAAUGGGAAUGUCGACAAUUGCUUUUUACUUACUCUUCCAGAAGGAGAAGGCCACGCGACAGGCCUCGAACAGCUCCUGGAGCUCAUCCGGCGGUCGGAUACAGUGGCUAUAAAGAGCGAAGGUACUCGUGUCAUCGUCAACAUCGUCAAGUCGCUGUGGGCAAGUGAUGUAUCUGAGAGUCAAAUCCCCAUAGAAGAGAGGCAGAAAAAGCGAGAGCAGUCAAUCGAUGCGUUGCUUACUCCAAAAUGCGCGCAAGCCAUUGCUGCGCUGAUUGCACGAAGCGUCAAAUACCCUGUAUUGAUCAACGAGGGUAUCGUCGCGCUCAGUCUACUGAGCACUCAUGCGAAAGGAGGUUCGUGGCUGUCUCGUGAUUCUGUAGACAAACUGACACUUUCCCUAGGCCCUCUCGUAGUACAGUCUCUAGUGGCGAUUCUUCCUGCAGAAAACAACCAAGCGCUCGCAAGCAAUGCUGCGGCUAAUGGCCUUAUCACUGUAGGAAAUGAUACGGACUCGCCGUUGACGGCAGCCCCAAAAAGCAGACUACCUUCCGCAAAGCGUGCCAUCGAUCAGGUUGUCGCAGUUCUGCGCAACAAUGCGAACGAUGGUGCCUCUACCCCUCAGCGUGCAGCCCUGCCCUCAUAUCCGGUCGAAGUUCGCACAAACACCUGUGCACUCCUAGCGCAAGUCUCUAAGACCGGCUCCGGCGAGGAUCUAGACAAGGUCAAGGAGGCGACACGGUCUGUGCUGGAAGAUCUCGCAAGCAAGAACCCCGGACAUGGGCGAGAGAGCAUGCUUUAUGCGGCCGCCAAGCGUGUCGUCGACGCUUGGACUUAG